AUUCUUUAUCAUCACCACCAACUCUUCGAGGAACACCCGACAGAUAGAAAUCAUUAAUCAUGUCGGACGGAGAAGACGAUACCAAAUCCCAAGUCAGCGCGGCCGCUGAGGUCGAGGUCUCUGCCGAUGCAUCCGGUGGUAAGGGCCAGAUGAGCGUGCUGGAGGCUCUCAAGGGUGUCCUCAAGCUCGCUCUCAUCCACGACGGACUUGCCCGUGGUCUGCGCGAGGCCUCCAAGGCCCUCGACCGUCGUGAGGCGCACAUGUGCGUGCUCAACGAGGCCUGCGAGGAGGAGGCAUACAAGAAGCUCGUUGUUGCGCUCUGCUCCGAGCACAAGAUCCCUCUCAUCAAGGUCCCCGAUGGCAAGCAGCUUGGCGAAUGGGCCGGUCUCUGCCAAAUUGACCGUGAGGGCAACCCCCGCAAGGUCGUCAACUGCUCUUGCGUUGUCGUCAAGGACUGGGGUGAGGAGUCGCAGGAGCGCAGCAUCCUCCUCAACUACUUCCAGACCGAGCAGUAAACGUGCCUCAUCCGGAGCACGUCACCCAUCGACAACACGACUGACUCACACAACCUUCCUUUCACUGCAUCGGUUCGGAUACACCUCGGGCAUAGCAUGGAGUUUGAAGGGGUUACGGGUGGCGAUGUAGAUCACAAGUGUGAUGGGUUGGCAGGAUUUAUAAGGGACAAUCUUGGCUAUUAUCGCCAGAAUACCAAGAAAAACUGACUGAAUCUCGA